CGAACGCAUCCAGCAAGGGUUCUCGUUAGAAUUCUGUGCGCCAUUUUUUCUCUCUCUAAAUCUUGUUCGGGCAUCGCUACGCGACCCAGGCCAGUGGCCAGAUCAUCAUCAAGCAAAUGCGUGAUGGAGCCCGUCACGACCGGCCCCGACGCGGUUUCGUACGAGUGGUUAUGUUUGUUAAGGUCGGCGAGACAGAGCCAGAGAUUUCGGUUCGGAGUCGCGAAUGCAUCUAAUUCGGAGAGAGAGGUCGCGUACGGCGCGCACUCCGAACCAGCACCGCCUCCGUCGUGUCGCCAUGCGUGUCCAUAUAAGACCAACCCCGAUGCCCCAGAGCCAAAAAAAAAAAAACCCAAGACUUUGCUUGAGCUCGAUCGACGCGAACAAACUCGCCCCGCUCUGCAACGAACGGCGCGUUCCGCGGCCACAGCACGCACUCGACGACUCUCCGCGCGGUAGCGAUCAUGGCGGAGAAGCCGAAGAGCGUCGACGUCGAGGAGAUCGGCGCCGCCGCCGCGGCCCCGUGAGCGACCGGGUGUGGAUUCUUCGGCAGCGCGGCGACCGGCGGCAUGUGCUCCAAGUGCUACCGCGAGCACGCCGCCGCCGCUGCCGCUGCCACCGCGGCGCCCACCGACGAGAGCAAGAAGAUCCAGGACGUCCUCAAGACGAGUGCCUUCGCGGCCGCAGCACCUCGCGCCGCCGUCGCGCCGUCCCCUGACGGUGGCGCCGAUGGCGCGGCCGCUGCCGACCCAGCGACGGCCGCGGGGGGUCCAGCGAAGGUCGCGGCGAGCCGGUGCGCGGCGUGCCGCAAGAAGGUUGGCCUGCUGGGGUUCCGGUGCUGCUGCGGCGGGACCUUCUGCGGCGCGCACCGCCACGCGGAGAAGCACGCCUGCGGCUUCGACUACAAGCGCGCCGGCCGCGAGCGCAUCGCCAAGAACAACCCGGUCGUGGUCGCCGACAAGAUCGCCAAGAUAUGAGGCAGACAACCAGCCAGCAGUGCAUCAACGACCAAGCCUGUGCUGUGCUGUGCAAUUUUUUUUUUUGAAAAGUCUGUACUAGUUUUAGUUGUGUGCUUGUGCUACACUCUGUGUUUAGUUUUGUGGA